UCACCAAAGUUUCUCUCAUUAUCAAGUUCUGCUGCUCUGUGAACUCUUGUGUUUACCGUCUUCUUCUUUCAAAUCUUGAAAUAUGGAAUACCAUAGACGCCAUACAUUUAUAGAUAUGGAUUACCCUCCAGAGCCUGUCCAUUCAUCCAUAUCAACAAAUCAUCUUCUCGUCGAAUUCCGUUUCCAGACCACAAAACGCUUGCUCAAGUAUAAUAAUGUGGGACUCCUGGAAUCUGUUACCGAAACUCAAGAACAAGAAACUUCGAAAACUAUUUGUCUCGAAUCAUCUGCAUUGUUCGCUGAUUUGAAACAAUUUGUCGACGUGGAACUCGCAAGUUAUGAUAUAACACCUCGGAGCCGUCAACAACGACUUUCUAGUCUUCUGACUAGCUUCGCACUCUUGCGCUGGAAGAAGUUUAUAGUAGUGGGUAUAAGGGAGGUUCUUGAAAUACGGUUGAUUGAAAGGACAUUGCAGGAGUCGUUCGAGGAAAGUGAUGGCGUCGAUAUGGUGCCUACAAGCAUGGACACGAUCAUGUCACUACAGAAGAAGGAGAUGGAAUAUAAGAAAGAUGGCACUGCGUUAGAAAGUUGCACGAUAUGCUUGGAAGAUAUCUCAAUGGGGUCAGUUGUUUCGACCUUGCCGUGCAGGCAUGUAUUCCACGGUGAUUGUAUUUCAAGUUGGCUAAAAAGAAGUCACUACUGUCCUAUUUGCCGGUUCGAGAUGCCUAUUGCUGUUGAUUAAGCCUUUCUUGAUGAAUGUUUGCAAGAAUCAUAGAUUUCAGAAUUGUUUUGUAACUUGUUCGAUUUUUGUUAUUAGGUUUUUAUUCUUGAAGUGUUUCAG